AUGUUGUCCAUGCUUACUCUGUUUGCCACCCCUGGCGCUCCAAAACGCCCUUCCCAGAUAGCUACUCCGAUGGUGAUGCCAGUCCCAGACUGGACUAAGCUCCCUGGAGAGCUAAUUCAAGUGAUCUCCGAGAAACUGGACAACUGUUUCGACGUUGUCCAUGCUCGAUCUGUUUGCCACCCUUGGCGAUCCACAAUGCCCUUCCCAGCUUGCCUGUUACGCCCGAGUUACUCUCUUCCCUCGUUCGCCGAGUUCCCUAGCGAAAGCAAAGGCUUGUCCACACUCACGAAGAUCCCUUUGUUCCUAGUCACAGCCCGAGCAGCUCCUCCUGCUGAUUUUCUAUCACCUUGUGAGUUUGUUAUGGGAGGAGUACGCGGAGAUGAGUCAGAGGAGGAUCAAAUGGAGCUGCUUCCAUCUCCUCUUCAAUGUUCAGUGAAGACCCCAAUAUAUGAUGAUCGAACCUUGAUGAUCAUGCGACUGAACAUCCCAAGAUAUGAUCGUCCAAUCUUGAUGAACAUGCUCGACUGCCAUGUCUUCCCUCUGGGCCAUCACUACAGAUGGGGUCCUGAAGAUAUGAAGACAGAUUGCACAGGCGUGGCUUUCCUUCCGCUAAACAAGGACGGAAGAGGAGGAGGAGGGGGAUUCGCGGUGCUUCUCAACUACAAGGAAACUCUGUUGGUGCUAACAAGUGAUGAAAUGAGGUGGAAGCAGGUUAAGCAACCCUCAGAUACUCAAUGCAAGAAUGUAGCCAGUUUCAAAGGCAGAUUCUACGCAUCUUUUGAAAACGGAGACGUAUUUGUUUUGGGUCCUUAUUCGCUGACAUGGACUCCCCAAAUGCCCUCUCAGCUGCUGGAUCUUCUGGAUCAUGGCAAGUUUUUGGUUCCGUUUGGUGAUGAUGAAGAACUCUUCCUGGUUGAGAAAUUUCACCCAAAUUACGAUGCUUAUGAUUUAGAUUUUCUCAGCUACACAUGCAAAGUGAGUAGGCUAGAUGAGGAGGCUGGCAAAUGGGUCGAGAUCGCCGGUGAUUUAGGAGGCCGUGUCUUGUUUAUAGGACACUUUGGGAAUGUCUGCUUCUCUGGUGAAGAGCUUCCUGAUGAUUGUGGUUUGAGUGGGGACUCGAUCGUGUUCACCAAUGAGAUAAGCGGUGUAACUUUUGUUUAUAAAUAUGGAGUGGAUACAGGAGAUGAAGAAGACGACCCCAACUGUUGGAGAUUCUCAAUGGAGUAUCGUGUGAAGCUCUUCAGGAAAACUCCGGUGUUGAAUCUCCAGGUCUUCAAGCAUCCUUUGGCAGGCAUGCACAUGCACUAG